UAUCGUCAGUCCUGACGAGCAGAUAGCCUGCUAGGUUGACAUGCAAGCUCAGCAACCACGCUCCUGACCAAGCGAUUGGUUUUCCAAAGAUAACAACGUAAACCGACGAUCUGAAGGGCGGACAUGUCCAUCGGAUACAAAAGAGUUUUGUCCUCUAUGCAUUUUAUCUGAAACUGGGGGAACACUGAGGCAAGAGAGAGCGAAUCUUGUGGUUUUGCGUCAGGGGGUGCGUCACGCUACUCGCCUUCUGGGAUGCGUAAGCAGCAAACAACAACGGAGCUCGCUUUAUUAUGCAUUUGUUUUCCCAGCACUACCGAAUCGUCGGCGACCGUAACAGGCUCAGGGUGCGCUCGUGUAGAUUUUGGGAUUACACAUGGCACCGACCUCGCCUUUGUUGGUGUAAUUAUCGAGGCGGAGUACUCAAGUAAGGAAGUGGGAUGUGGCCUGCCUGCAUUUCAUGUGGCUGGCUGAAAUGUGGAAAUUAUAAAAACAGCGCUUCAGAACGGCUGCAUGAUCAUAAUUUGGUUCUCAAACACCAUCUUCCUUUGAGGCAGCUCUGACUGAUAUCUUAGUACGACUUCGGAGACAUGUCGCGAAGUCUGUUUGGAUUCAUUCUUACAGUAUGUGAAUUAUAGCUAGCGAGCUUGAUGUCCACUCCCAUACGGACGAUCCAUUGAAACAUUCGAGUCAACAGUUACAAUGUCGACGCAGCAUCGCAUGAUGGACACCUCGCUGGCACUGGAGAGACUGGAGAUCACCGGUUCCGUGGGCAACCGAGGAACUUGUGUGCCCGGAUCUGUGAUGAGGGAGAAGACCGUACAGGCGGCCGCUCACACUCACCUGAAUGGAUGCGUGCCACUAACACAUCAGGUGGCUGGUCAUAAGUAUGGUGUAGACAAAGUAGGAAUUCUGCAACAUCCGGAUGGGACUGUCUUGAAGCAGCUUCAGCCUCCUCCGCGAGGGCCAAGAGAGAUGCAGUUCUACAGCAUGGUCUACUCAGAGGAGAGCGUAGACCCCUGCCUGCUGGACCUGCAGAGGUAUUUGCCCAAAUACUUCGGCCCCUGGUCUUCACCUGAUGCCCCUGCAGAGCUGUACCUGCGUCUGGAGGACGUGACGCGACGCUUCCGAAAGCCCUGCAUCAUGGACGUGAAGAUCGGCCAGCGCAGCUAUGACCCCUUUGCCUCCCAGGAGAAGCGGCAGCAGCAGAUCCGCAAAUACCCCCUCAUGGAGGAGAUUGGCUUCCUGGUGCUGGGCAUGAGGGUGUACAAACUGGACUCCGAUACCUUUGACACGUAUGACCAGCACUUUGGCCGAGGUCUUGAUCAGGAUACUGUGAAAGAAGGCCUCUCUAAGUUCUUCCACAACGGUGAGCGUCUGCGUAAAGAUGCUGUAGUGGAAAGCGUGCUUAAGGUGCAGCAGAUCUUGGGCUGGUUCGAGGAGCAGAAACGCUUCCACUUCUACGCCAGCUCGCUCCUGUUUGUCUACGAGGGCUCGCCGCCUCCCGCAGGCACCACCAGGGGCACCCAGGAGCCACUCAGCCCCGGGGGCGGCGAUGGUGAUGGUGGUGGUGGUUGUGGUGAGAGACAGGUAGUCCUUGAGUACAACAACAACAUCGAGCAGAGCCUGUCCACCAUGUACGCCCUCCACAAGCAAGCCUGCACCCGGCAGCACCACGGCGCCAUGAUGCCCGACAAUGGGGCCUGGAGGCACCCGGCGACAGUCGCCCAGCAACCGAAUGGCAACCGCAUCCCCCGCGGGCUGGAGAUGCUGAGCCAGGAGGGAGUGGACGGAGGAGACCGCGAGCACCAUAACGGAGCGGAGGAAGAGGAGGGCAGUGGGGGGAGGAGGAGGAGGAGGAAGACGCCAACGAGAGGGGUCAAGGCCGGCGGAGAGGAGGUAGAGGUGAGGAUGAUCGACUUUGCCCACGUCUUUCCCAGCGAGAGUUGCGACGAGGGCUACAUCUACGGCCUGAAGAACCUGAUCCGGGUUCUCCAGGAGCUACUGGAGGAGGUGGGAGAGUAGCAGCUCAACACAGGUCUCACCUUUGGGACUCAAAUCUCACUCUCUCCACUCUCUCACACACACACACACACACACACACACACACACACACACACACACACACACACACACACACACACACACACACACACACACACACACGCGCAGACCCCUCUUUGUGAAAAGUCCUAUCCUGUGGCACACGUUUGUCUGUCCAGUUGUACAUGGAGGCGUGGUAGUGGCCCCACACACACACACACGCGCUCCCCUUGCCCUAAACCUCUGCACUAUCAGCACUCAAACGGAAGGCAUUUCCUUUAUUGGUCUUAUAUAUUUGUUUUUGUGUGUUUGUGUGUGUGUGUGUGUUUGUGUGAGAGAAAGAGAGAGUAUUUGUUUGUAUGUCAGUUGGUUUGUUCUUUUCCGUUUAUACAUUUGUCAGUAUCUUACUCAGGUAAAAUGAUAUUUGUGUAUCGGUCCUUGGCAAAGGUGAAUUAUUUCCCGCCAAGCUUGCAGUUUGUCUCACUGUAACCUUUGACACUUUGCUUCCUAGUGCUCUUGUUCUAGUGUUUUUAAGAAGACUUUAUUUUAACUAAGUGUUUUUCUUUCCUGUUCAAAGGUCACAAUUAGGAAUGUGUGUCUCUUUUGUCCCAUAUUUGUAUUUGCUGCCAAAUUGACCCUGUCUUCUCAAUCAAAAACCCUUUUGAUGGUAAAAAUUGGUGAGGGUAGAAAUAAAUGUUAACGUUUUUUUAAAUUAUUAUUAUUAUUAUUAUCAUUUACUCACUUACGUACUUAUCAUUUGUAUAUACCAUUUAUACAAACAGUUAACCUGGUUUGUGUAGCUCAUACCCUACAUUAUAUGCAGCUUUGAUGGUUAUAAAAAUGAUAUAAAGAAUAUGAGGAGACUUGGUUUUAAGAAAUGCAAUCUAGAAUGUCCCUCUUGUUGAUACAGAGGCACUGCCAAAGGAGUUUAGGUUGGUUGAGGUGUAUGCAACAGAAUGUUACUGAUUUUUGGUCACCCCUCAUGCAAUCAGCGGUUAAUUUACUCACAUUGCUGCCCAGAACUGUCAUUGGUGGGGGUUCAUUACUCCAAAAAAAACUGAAGGUACACAUUUUUGUGUGAGAAGAGCCGUACAGUUUCAUCACGUUAAAGCUUUUCCCAAGCAAUUUUAAAAAAUGAAAACAAAUUAUUGAGGCAGACCAUGCAGACAUUACUGUUUUACAUUUUUGAAUUUUCUUUUAAAUGCGGCAAGGAAAGCCAGAGUGAAGUGAAAGAAGGAGGGGCACAUGGAUUUCUGCUUGAAAUGUUGGUGACAGAAAAAAAUCCCUAUUUAAUUUAAAUGUAAUGUAAUGUAAUGCAUACGUAUGUUUUAAAGACAGGAAUGGCCAUUGAAUUCUAUGAUUAGUCUGAACUGAAAUGCUUGUAUGUUGGUCAAACAACAUGACAAAUUGAUUUAAGCUAUAAAAUAUAUCUUUAAGUUCAUGAUAUCCUUACUUAUAUCCUUGCUGUGUUCAGAGCAGUGUGUCAUUGCAGCUAGUUAUGUCAUGUCAGUGAAUGUCAAUAUCUCAAAACAUCUCAAACCCUUACUUUAGUGUGAAUGCAACAGGUAAUUUUGAUGUCUUAAAAAAAAAUAAUUCCGAUUAUAUAUAUAUUUUUUUUUUAUGAUUUUUAAAGAUUAUAUUUUCGGUGUUUAUCUUCAUUUACUGUUGUUUUGUUUUCUGUUGCCAGUAUAUGCACCUAGGGUCACCUCACUGUUCUUUGUGUGAAACAAGGAUUUUAUUUGAGCUUGUAGCCAUUUGAAACAUAAUUUUAGUUGGUAACAUUCCUGAUUGUGUGUGCCUGUUGAAACUUUAAAAAGCAUCUCGCAAAAAAAAUGAAAUAAUUUAGGAAUUCUGUGCCCUUUGAGGGCAUCUUACAAACUGCCUUGGUGCCUCUUAGAAUAGUGCAAAGUUAUUUCUACAGCUUAGAAUUUCAGAAUAAAAUGAAAAUAGAUAAGGCAGUUGCAAUAAGAGGUUCCAGUAUGCAAGGACUGAACUUAAAUAAGCCCUCGUAUACUGCAUCUUAACUUCAGUUGAAAACAUACUUUUUUUUUAUCUGACAGCACUUUAUUGAAAAAGGCCGAGACAUCAGAGCAACAUGGCACAAGAUAUAAACACUAACAGUUCGUUGUUUCAAUGGUAAAUCAGCGCCACUUGCCUGGUUGACCAGGUUUUUGAUUUGGAUGGGAAGUUUUGCUGUCAUACUGCACAGAAUGUAAUGCAUUUUAAUUGCCAAACUAUCUGAUCUAAUUCUGACCGGAGGGGCAUCUUUAUCCAAAGCAUUGCCGUGCAUCAUUGUGCAACCAUGGCAACACAGAGGUCAUGCCCUAAGUGAAUGUGCACCACUGGUUGCGAGGUUUUGGUUUGGGAACAGCAUUUUCUCUCACUGAUUCUCCUAAAAAGAUAAUUUUGUUCCCCAGAUUUAGUGUCAACAACAAAUUUAACACAAGUAAUGAAACACAAGAAAGAAAGGCUGAUCUUAAGUGGAUGUCAUACCUUGACGUCUGUGUAAAGUCAUUUUUCUUAUUGUACAUGAUGCCCAUGUUGCUCUUACCAUGUCAUGUUGUAUGAUGGCCAUCAGAUAAAGGCUUUAUCUUUUCCUCUUGUGUUUCCAUCUAUAGCAAAUGUCAGUUAACUGAAGUAUCUUGUUUACAUUCCAAUUAUAUUUUGCUGGCUAAUAGUGUAUUUAUGCAUCUUCUGUAUCGUCGCCAGUUAUAAUCCUAUGAAUUUUGGCUGGUCAUGCACUGAGUCUGGUUAAUAACCCCAUGUUGAAAUCCUCCCUUUUUUGUACUGUGAACAAACCCAUUGCUUGUGUUGAACACCGUGAACUUGGAAAUAAGCCUGGUGUUUUAGUGCAUUUCCUUGGUGUGCAUCUAUUCGUGUCACUUACCAUGUUGAUGUGUACAAUUUAUCAAGGAAAGUCCAGGAAAGAAUUUGUCAUUUGUGGUUGUCGCAGUAUGCAGUAUGGAAAUACCUUAAAAUGGAAGCAGGUUAUCAUUUCCAUUUCUCUGUAGCACAUUAAGCAACAUUAGUAGUGACCUCUUUCAAGGCCUUUUGGAGUUCAUUGGAAAAACAGACACAGGUGUUCCUUAAUACAGCAAUGACGUUUUAGCUGGAUUGGGUCAGUUUGCUCAUGGAGUCACAGCAGUCAUCACAGAUGUAACAAGUUUGCCAUUUGCUAGGUAACUUAAGGUACAUUUUGUGUUUAAGGAGCUCAACGUCCUGAUUGACUUUUAUCAGACCUUUUUUGCUACUAAAUUCCAACUGCACUAAAAUGUUGGGGGGGGGGGGACUGAUAAAGUCUUAGCUAAAGUCAUUGCACUCUCACUCAAUUAGAAACUGUGCCAGUCUUUGCUAUUGCAUUCAUGUAUCUCAUAUUUUACUUUUAACAGUUUCAAUGAAUUAUUUGUACACUGGAUUUUACAAUGAACAGUCAGGUUCUCAACCAAUCAUGGCAGCAUCACUAAAUGUGUGGGUACAACUAAACCAAAAAUGAAAAGCCAGACUUGGCAGCACAAGUUAUAGAUGGAGUGAGGCAUACUAACAGUGAAUCUCUGACUUGGAAGACUCUUUGGUCCUGAAAGGUGUGGGUUUUUGAACAUUCUAACAUAAGAUUCUGUUCCGCAACAAUUGAAGGUUCUAAAAUUCUAUGUUGAAUUCAGUGAACCCAGAUAUUUUUCAGAAUGUUCAUUUUUCAACAUUCCAUUCACACCGGUGUGAUGGUUCACCUUUAAGGGUUAACAUGAAAGUGGCCCUAAGGUUCAGACUUGACUGUACUGCACGUCAUGAACAAUGACAUGACUGACUAAGCAAGAUGGGAUCUACAAAAUAACAACAUGGACGCUAGAGAAUCGAGGACUUUUUUGAGUUUCCAAGUCAGACGUUUUUUUUUUUUGCCACGCAUUUAGUUGUGCUCCUGAAUUUGCAAACCAAUCAUCUGGGCUUUGAGUUGGUAAUCUGUGUUGUCCUUUUUAAAAAAAAAAACUCUCUUUUGUGCAUCUCACAGUUGGUGAAAUCUCUCUGCUCCUAUAUAGCACAUCUUAUAGAGAGCAGUAGGGGUAGAGGAUCUUUUUGUGUCUGCUGUUGUUCCUUAAGUACAUAGCAAGUGAGCUAAUCAUCACCUUUUUUGUAAAUGAAGUAUUGUAACAUGUUCAAAUGUACUAUUUAGAUGGAUAUAAUAAUGGACAAAGUAAUACAUGUAUAUUUGGGCAAAUUAUAAUUACUAAUAAAAACAAAUUCCUAAUGA